AUGAGUCCUCCGCCAACCCUCCGGGGCAUCAUUGCGACAACACUGGCCGGCUUCGCCCUAGUCGCCAACGCCCUACCACAGCCAGCACCUCAGACCCAAGAAACCGUCGCCCCUUCGCGUAAAGUCUGGGUGCACGUAGAUGGGUCAACCAAAGGCACCACCAACACGCCCACAGUGACGACCGACGCCAGCGGGGCCAAAAACACCAACAACGCGCCCCCCGCGUAUCUCACCCAGUCCAAAGCAUACAGCAGCUGGAAAGACGAUGGGCUUCUGGCGACUUACACCAGCCUCAACCCUGCUCCGACCGCAUCGGGCGUUGCCGACCCCCGCGGCGAGUUCCUGGCUUGUCUCCCGCAACAAUCGCGCGACGAGCCCUUCUGCGCUCCAAAGCGGGAUGCGAUCUUGAAACCUAACCGUGGGUACUACAUAACAUGGAACACCCUCUACUUUGGUUCGCCCAACCAGCGCGUGCAGAUUCUUCUCCAAACCGCCAACGUCGACGAAUCGGUCGCUGGCCGCAUCGUCCCCGAAUUGUAUUCCAACACCUCAGCCCCCCUCCCUACCUUCCCCAUCCUCCCCGCCGACCAAGGCUUCGCUUUCUUCCCCCUCACCAGAUUCGUUCUCCCCUUCUCCGAUUCACAGGCUUUCCAACUUACCCGACUCAACAUCACCAUGGCCAUCUGGGCAAGCGGCAACUACGACGAAGACGCGCCCACCGAGAUAAAGCAGGGUCCGCUGGUGUAUGUCACCAAUGACUAUGACUCUGACUCUGACGAUGCGUCGGACGACGAGGACGAUUUGGUCUCCUCCCCCGGGUUAUCCACAGGCAAGAAAAUCGCCAUCUCCGUCCCCGUCGCCAUUGUGUCUCUCCUGGUGCUCGGCGGACUCAUCGCUUUUGCGGUGUGGGGUUAUCGGAAGAACGGGACUGUCCCCUUCGUUGGUGGACUCUUCGGGAAGAGGAGCGGAAACCCCAGAAGUGGCGGAAGCGGGUACGGAGUCAGGAAGAGUUAUUCGGAGCGGGUUGGGAAGAAGGGCGUGGUGGGUGUCGAGGAGGGUGUUUUCACCAAUGCCAAGGGUGCAGGUGGUGGUGUCGAGUUGACGGAUCGCGAGAGUUGGCCGCCGACGAGUCCGACUAGUGCGAGAUUGGGUGGGGAGCCUAAUGUAUUCCGUGCCGAGGUGCAGAGGCAGGAGAGGAUGAGAGAGGAUCAAAUAUGA